AUGAAAGGAGGCAGCUCCAUCAUCAGCACCACAUCAGUGACUGCAUACAAAGGAAAUCCUAAGCUACUUGACUAUGCAUCCACUAAAGGGGCUGUUGUGGCAUUUACUAGGGACCUUGUACUACAGCCAGUAGACAGAGGCUUACGUGUAAACGGGGUAGCUCCCGGCUCGAUCUGGGCUCCAUUGAUUCCGGCAUCAUUCAGCGAGGAAGAGGUUAAGAAUUUUGGGUCUCAAGUGCCAAUGAAGAGUGCGGGUCAGCCUAUUGAGGUUGCUCCGUCGUAUGUCUCCCUUGCCUCGAACUCAGACUCCUCCUACAUGACUGGCCAAGUCCUCCACCCCAAUGCUAUGUCCUUGAACAUAGUCAACAACAUGACUAAAACGAU